UUCGUUGUUCACUUGUAUGCGCCGAGAUGACACACACAGGAUGAGGUGACACAUCCACAGAGACAAUUUAACGCAACUUAGUCAAACAAGGUUGUAGAGGUAGCUGUGUCAAAAGUGAUUUCCUGAAUGCAAAUUUGUGAAAUGGGGGAAUUCCUCUGUUUGUCAAUGUCGUGAUGCUGGGUAGAGAGCCAGAAUGUGUUGAUACAUCCUCAAAGUAGGCGGACCGAGAAAAUGAAAGUGAGUGCUGCUUCAAUUCCGGACUGCUGAAGCUAAUCCACAACAACGACGAGGCAUAUUCCACUCCGAAGAAGGUAAUCUACCAUAGUCACCCUAGAAAUGGACCCAAAACAAUAUAUCUUUUUCAUCAUUACCGAAAGAGAUGAGAUGAUACCACUCCUCCACCCUGGCCAGAUCUGCUAUUCGAAAGAAGACCAGUACAUACGUAAAGCUGAACAGGACUGCACGGUUUUACCAGUGAGGUGGCUGGGGUCUGCGAGAGAAUACGACGUGCAGGUGGUUUGCCUGCACCAGCUGCCUCCACUAUAUGCAGCGCUUCUACAGGCUCUUGACACUGAGGAAGAGAGACUGGAUGCCUUCCUGGAGAAAUCGGCCUUAGAAACAGCUGCAGCCUUGAAGGAGGGUUGCCCUGUUUAUGUAAAGAAUAUGGAGAAGUGGCGUCUAGGGGUAGUUCGAAACAUUGGCAACAGGGAUAAUAGGAACGAUUGCUUCUAUGGCACUUUCUUCAAGAUUGAGCUGCAGACUGGAUCAGAGGAAGUCUGGGUCCCCUUCACGUGUGUGAAGCCUGCCUCCGAGGCCCCAGUACAAGCUGGAGACCGGGUCGUCUUCUUUCCAGACAAUGAGAAGCAUGCACGCCGUGGCAUGGUGAUGGAUCUUCAAGAGGAGAAUGGCCAGCCAGUAGCGUACAUCUCCACUGACAUGAAUGAGCAGGGAGAGAAGGGCGGAGCAGUCACUGUGCCUCUUGGCUUUGUCCUGAAAGAGGAGAUCCACCCCUCAGAUGUGGAAUCCAUGGACACUGGUAUUGGUAUGGACACUGGUGCAGACACCGGACCAGCAAACAGCUGUCCCAUUAGCCUGGACUCUCGUGUGAGAGUGCAGCUCGGCAAAGGUCCAGCGCAAGGGACUGUCCGCUGGAUAGGACGCUUGCCAGGACAGAAAGGGACCAAAGUGGGCCUGGAACUGGACCAAAAGAUUGGAGUGAGUGAUGGCAUGCUCAGUGGAGUGCGUUAUUUCCAGUGUCCUCCAAAGCAAGGCCUGUUUGUGAAGAUGAGCUCAUGUUCACUGGAUAUUCCUGACAGUGGCAUUAGGGACAAAGUGCCAGCUUACACCACCAAACAAACCACUCUAGACUGCGAUGGCAGACCAGAGGGUGAAAACGUUCCUCCUAUCAACUCAGAGGAUGUGAAAUGGCUGCUUGUGGGUCGCAUGAAGGGCAUUCAAGGUCACUGCAACUCUUGCUACAUGGACGCUGCUCUAUUUAGUUUGUUCUCAUGUUCGUCAGUGCUUGACUCCCUGCUGUUCAAACCUGCUGAGCCCAAGGACAAGCCAAUCCAGAGGACACUGCUACGGGACAUCGUCAACCCACUGCGCAGGGAAGGCUAUGUAGAGGCUAGCAGUGUUAUGAGACUUCGGAAACAGUUGCAGGAGAGUGGCUACUGUGCCACCUUCACCACAGACGAAAAAGAUCCAGAGGAGUUUCUGUCUCUGAUCAUGAAUAAAAUCCUUUCUCUGGAGCCACCUAUCAAACUUUGUUCAAGAGGCAGUGUCCAGAGCAGUUUCUGUUACCAGAUCUUCCUGGAUAAAACCCACGAUCUGAUCUUGCCCACAGUCCAGCAGCUGAUUGAGCAGUCCUUCCACAGUGGCCAUCUCAAACUGGCUGAGGUUCCCUCCUGUCUGAUUCUCCAGAUGCCUCGCUUUGGGAAAGCCUUCAAGAUGUUUCAAAAGAUCAUUCCCUCGUUGGAACUGGACAUCACUGGCCUUCUUUCAGAGGGCCCUCAGCAGUGCCUGAUGUGUGGAGGCCUUGCUAGUGAGGAGUGUGUGGAGUGUUUCAAAGACUCUGCCUUUAGCAGAAACGGCUUCAAAUAUUUCUGCCAGACAUGUUCCGUUCAGGUGCACAGCCAUCCAAGCCGGAGGUCCCACAUACUCUCUCCUUCCUUUGUGCCUGAAGGCUGGCCACAAGCCAUGGCUCCGCCCAGGGACAAGAUGGAGCUUUUCGCUGUGCUCUGCAUAGACACCAGCCAUUACGUGUCCUUCCUCAAGUACGGACCAGGCACCAACGACUGGGCCUUCUUCGACAGCAUGUCCGACAGAGUCGGGGAUGUCGAUGGCUACAACAUUCCUGAGGUGCGUCUGUGUCCAGAGGUGGCCAAAUACCUGGAGAUGCCGGUCACAGAGCUCGCCCAUCUACAGCCCAGAGACAUGGAGGAAGUUGGCAAGCGUCUCCUCUGUGACGCCUACAUGUGCCUCUACCAGAGUCCCAGUGCUUCUCUGUACCACUGACACAUACACUGUAUGUACCUGUCUGUCAUCUCUCUUAUCUUUUAUUGAUGGGCCUGUACUUGAACUCUAGCCUCACAAAAGGGAACUGACGUCUGAAUGAUCCUGUACGGAAAAUCCCCAAACUCUAAGCACUGUCAGGUGUGUGGACCUGUACCCACCAACCAAACAUAACCACAACUGAAUCCUCAAUAACGAUACAACAGGAUGCAUUCGGAGUUGUAAUCAGAAUCUUAUUUUCUUUUUUACGGCAUACUUACAAUAGGGGUUUACCGGUUGGGUUUGGUUUUGUGUCUUUUAAUAAUACACUUUUAUUUGUAAAUAGGCUCUCCUCACUGUACACUUUGAAUCAAUGAUUGCUUUAGCUAUUAUAUUUAUUGUUCUUCCUUGUGAUUUUGCUGGGCAAACUGAAGACCUAUAACGAGAGGGUAGUGAUGCCAGUGGCUACUAGCUACUCUUCCACUCAAUUUUACAAAAGCCUUAAGGGGUCAUAUAUGACCGAGUAUGCUUCUCAGGUUUUAAAAUAUCAGUAUCUCUUGCUAAAUGUUAACUAGUGCAGUAGGAACAAAGUUUAGCAAGGAGUCUUUGCAGUACUUGUAAGACACUCACAGGACUGUCCUUUGAUCAAUGCCAAUCACACAGACACUGGACGCUUCAAAUGGAUAGAUCUUGAGAAGGAUAUGCAACUGUAAACUUUUUGUACAUUGGGGAGGUAAAACCAUUUCUCCAAUAUGCUGUAUGAUGACUACUGAUGUCUGAUAUGUACAUUGUAAGGACCAAAAGGGAAAUAAAACUGUACAAAAUA